UAUACCAUGUACCCUACAACCAUCACUCAUAUAACAUUCAUUUAUUCACAGCUCGGUGUGUCGCCAAAAAGGCUCAAUGACUAUGUUUUGCCAACGGGAUCGGUCGGCAGUGUGGCCGUCGGCGGUAAGUCUGGUGCUGGCUUACUUUGUGUAGGCGCCGUAUUCGCCGAGACGGGAAUGGAGGUAUUUUUCGUGCACCAAGACAACUUCACGCUCCCACCUACGUUUGAACGCCAAACAGUCAGGAGCAGACUCGAAUGCGUGGCGAGAUGCUGCAAAAAUUCCACGUGUUCAUUAGCGCUCCACGGCGACCUGUCAUUGCCUCAGAGGGAGUGUCUGCAUGUUCAUGGCGUGCUGACCUUGAAAGUUGGAACUAUUCUCAUGCAAUCGUUCACAGUGAUGCCAGAUGUGUGGGCGGUCGUUCGUAUUCAACCGUGGAGUAUAGAAUGGGGAUCGCCGAAUAACACUACCCCGAAGCAGACGAAUACAAUAGACGACAAGUAACAUACGAUCUUAACACGCUGGGUGACCGACGUUGGAACUCUACACAGUCAUAUGAUUAGAACCUGAUUUGUCUUCUUCUUCAAGAGGACUUCAUUAAAAGAUUGCAAUACAAUUAUAAAAAUGAAAUCAUACUGUUGUUAAUGCUCGUAAAAACCUUCACUGGAAAACAUAACCUACAUUAAAUAAAAAUUGUUUGCAUAAUAUAUUCUUAAAGCGAAUAUAUACGAUUUUGUCAAAUAUAAAUGAAUUUAUAUAAAAUGUGUAAACAACUUA